GCCGAGGAGAGGGCGUUUCCCCAAUGCGUGAUGCAAGUCUACGAGACUAAGCCAGGAUGCCUGCAGAGGAACUCUUAUCCUCCAGUGCCUUCUCCCCGUACAUAGGUGCCGUUGUCGGUGGAGCUGCAGUGCUUGGUGUGCUAGUGGUACUACUGACUGUUCCUGCCAUAGUCUUGUGUACUAGAGCCAGGGCCAGACACAAGAUGAAGAUACAGAUGGCACAGAAACUCUCCCAAAGAACUGUGAGUAUUUUUGACUACAUUCGAAGAGACUGAAAAAUGAUAUGUCAGAACUGAAUAAUAAUUGAAGAAACUCAAUAAUAACAGAAUGAAAAGCACUGAAGUGCGUGAUGCAAGUCUACGAGACUAAGCCAGGAUGCCUGCAGAGGAACUCUUAUCCUCCAGUGCCUUCUGUAA